GAAGUAAUGAAUGCCACAGUUCUUAAACACCGCCCACAGAAGAAAGGGUUUGAAACUUCCUUAAAAUUUAUUUAUUCUGAGUAUUGGCUUAGAAUACUGCACGAGACUACAAAUGAAAUAAUAUUGUCAAAAUCUCUUUGAAUACAUUGUAUUUUGAUGUGAAGAUCGUUCUCACUUUUAAUUAUUGAAUGAUAUGUGGAUGUAUAUUCUUUCACAUUAUAAGAUCUGGUUUCGAGAUUUACAGCACAUAUCCGCCAUAUUGUCGGAAACUUGUGACUUUUUUCGCUCCGGUGCUGAUCCAUUGAACAUAAUGUUGAAGGCAAAUAUUUUUGUAUGAGUGGGGAACGGAGGUUAUACUGACAGAAAACAGAAGUGUGAGUUCGAUCGAUCAACAGUUAACAUGGUAAAUAUUCAUUACAAAUAGGAAAAUAUUGUAUUACCUAAGCACAAUUCAUAAACACACGCCCGUAAAUGUGGACCUAACCUCUCUGGAUUGUUUUGGUAUGCGAUUCAAUUGUGUAUAGUUAUUUUAACGUGUAAUUAUGUAUGUGGUUGCUGUUUGACAACAGUGUGUGAUAUCUGAUGAGUGAUAAAUGCUCGAAUAUGCAUAAUAAUGUGAACAAUUAUGUUUGACAAACUACAAUGUCCGCUUGGAAAUCAUCUGUGAUGCAAUGAGAAAAAGACACAGAAAUCGUUUUAGUGGUGUACCUCAGCCAAGGAGUUAUACAACUGUUGUUUGAAGAAUAAACAUUCAGAAUGACAAUCGGCACCAGAAGAUGGAUGACGAGUAUGCAAUUCUUCCGAAAUAUCUAUCGUUAAACAUUGUAUCUGACAAUAUCAUCACUGACAGCUCGUGUGAGGAAUAGCAUUGAAGUAUUUGGUGUCGAACUAAUGAGUUUCUUUGGAUUUGGACAGAGUGCUGAAAUUGAUAUAGUAUUAGAUGGAACUGAUGGCAGAAAAAAGGCAGAUAUUAAAACAGAAGAAGGGAAGAAAGAAAGACAUUUGCUUUACUAUGAUGGUGAAACUGUAGCAGGCAAGGUUAAUGUUACAUUGAAGAAACCUGGCUCGAAACUUGAACAUCAAGGGGUGAAAAUUGAGUUUGUGGGUCAGAUUGAACUCUAUUAUGACAGAGGGAACCAACAUGAAUUUACGUCUCUUGUAAAAGAAUUAGCACGGCCAGGAGAAUUGGUUCAAAACACAUCAUAUCCUUUUGAGUUUUCAAACGUGGAAAAGCCAUUUGAAUCUUAUACAGGAUCAAAUGUGAGAUUAAGGUAUUUUUUGCGAGUCACAAUUGUUCGUCGCUUAUCAGAUAUUGUGAAGGAAAUGGACAUUGUUGUGCAUACCCUUUCUUCUUACCCAGAUAUGAAUAAUAGCAUCAAAAUGGAAGUUGGCAUUGAAGAUUGUUUACAUAUAGAGUUCGAAUACAAUAAGUCAAAGUAUCAUCUUAAAGAUGUCAUAGUUGGGAAGAUUUAUUUUCUUCUUGUACGAAUUAAAAUUAAACAUAUGGAGAUAGCAAUAAUUAAGAGAGAAACCACUGGAUCUGGCCCCAACACUUUCACAGAAAAUGAAACAAUCGCAAAAUAUGAAAUAAUGGAUGGUGCUCCUGUCCGCGGAGAAAGCAUCCCAAUAAGGGUCUUCCUUGCUGGGUAUGACCUCACUCCCACAAUGAGAGAUAUAAAUAAGAAGUUUUCUGUUCGUUAUUACCUCAAUCUUGUCCUAAUGGAUGAGGAAGAUCGUCGCUACUUCAAGCAACAGGAAAUAACUCUGUGGCGAAAAGGGGAAAAAACUCGAAAGAAUUUACAAACUUCGUCCAGCACAUCUCCACAAAUGCCACACCUAGUCCAGGGAGGGGAUGGACCUCAUAACCAUCAUGAUGUAAAUGCUCCACAUGCCAUAGAAGAUAUGAAGAGAGAGGAUGAGGAAGAUAAAUUAGUGGGAGGCGGAGAUGGUAGUGUGAGAAAAAAGCAAGUCAGUGAAGCAGAUCAAGGGAAUGAGUGACCAGUUGGAAUGCAGAACACCUGAAGACAUCCAAAAUCAUUCUGUUGUGAGUGACAGGUAAAAGUCUUGCAUUUGGCUUCAUUCUUAUUCCUCUUGUUCCUUUACUUGCAAGCACAAAUGUGUCAUUUUUGAAUAUGAAUACAUUGAAUUAUGGAGAAAGUAUUUGUUUUUGAAAAAGAUCAGGUCAAUUUAUGAUUUAAUGACUUAUUUUCUGUUUGAAAUAAGUAGAUUCUAUUGACCAUAGUUCUAAGACCAUAUUUAAUACCAUCUUGAAUAAAUAGAACCUUUAUUCAUUAUCACAGUAUCCUGAAAUUUGCUGUAUUUCAUCUCCAUUUCUUACCUUGCAAAUGUAGAAAGAAUAUGCAAGUGUACAAUGAGGAUGAUAUUUGUAGUCUCGUUAUUAUAUCCAGAAUGAAGCCAAUUUGCAACUUCUCAUCCUUGAAUGCAAAGCAAAAGAUGGUUUGAAUAAUUGUUUCAUAGAAAGCUACUUACUGAAUGGUAGCUCUAUGAUGUGAUGAGAUGAAUUUUUAAUAACUGCUCUGUAGUUAAGAUCAUUGGCAUAUUUGAUAGUUUUUUAAAUAGAACCUUCUUUACUCAUGAGUUACUAUACUUUGAUAAAUAUGUGUAUGUAUAUAUGUAAAAAACUGCAAAUAUUAGUUAUUGAUGUAACAGAUUUAUGUAUGAUCUGAUGCAAUAUUCUUAAAUGCAGAACCAAAGGGCUUAAUUUUGAUAUCCAAGAGGCUGAAUUAAUUAUGGAAUGAAUGUGAGUUGGUAGAUAUGAUGCCGUAAUGGGGGCUUAUGUUUGUAUAUUAUGUAUCACUUGAUUUAUACUGGUAUUGUAUUGUUGUGUAUUUUUUAUCAUAAACCAGGUAUGAUCAAUUAUAUUCAUGAAGUAGUUCAUCAAAUGCAAUAAAUACUUCAUUUUCCACAUACAGCCUUAUGAUGAAUACUAUUUAUUCUUGUUAAUAUUGUUUAAGCCAGAUAUUUAAUUUGUCUAAACACUUGUACAAUGAAAUUUUGUCUUAAAAAUGGAGCAGUUGGGAAGUAUAUAGUCAAUGUUCCUAAAAAGAAUAUUACUAUGUUGAGUGAAGUGCAAUCUUUGUCUGAAAGGUGGAGUAUAGUUUCUUCAUAUUAUAUAAAUAAAUUGUUGCCUUGUUACUCAGAUUUUCUGAAUUUUUGUGCAUGAAGUCAAGAAAAUUGCAUUGCUCAUUAUUCUUUAAUCCCAAUGUGUUGAGCCACAUUUCAUACAGAAAAAGGUGAUAGAAGUUGGUUCAGGUGAUAUUCAACUUCUUGCAAGAUCUGAUAGUUUGAGCUUGGUUUAAUGAUUUGGAGUGGCAUCAUCUGUUCUUGGCUAAAAAUUUCUUAGUCUCUUUAAAUAAUUCAUGUCUAAAAUAUUCCAAAUUCAUAAACAUUCAAUGUAUUUGGUGUUUUAUGUUCUAAAUGGAAAUCAAAUUUUGUAAUAUGUUUAGGAAAAGAAUUAUAAAACAUUCUGAAUCAGUAUUGAAAUAUUUUUUCAUUAGUUUUUAAAGACACUCUGACUUUAGGAAUGAGAAAUGGAGUUGCACAGUUUUUCAUAUGGGCUAACUUAUUGGAAUAAGUAUUGUGUGAAUAUUCUUUGCAAAAAAGCAAUGCACUUCCUUUUUUGUGCCAUUGUUCACAGAAAAAAUGUUUUUUUUAGUGCUUUAGAGUUGGUAUCUAUUAUACUAAUUAAAGGCACGCCUUCGAGUUGCAAUGGAAAUCCAUGUCUUCCUGAGACAGGUGAGAUGUACUUUUAUUUCUGGUAUGUCCUCUUAUUGAACACAUGCCAAGCAAUUUCUAAUAAAGAAAUUGCUAUAAAUUCAACAGUGAUUCACAUCAUUACAUAUAAUUUUAGACUUUAAAUAAAAUUUGGAUGUAUGUUCUAAUAAAUUUGAAUGGUUGCUCCAAAAUAUUUGAACCAAUACAUAUCUGCAUUAAUUCAGUAUUCCAGGUGAGCAACACAUACAAUUUGGGAGGAAGUGGAUGGGUAUCACAGUCUACAAAAAUCUAUUUAGGGCUUAAAAAUUUAUUUCAAAAUUAUUUGUGACUAUAUAUUAUGUAAAUAAAAUAUGCAAUGCAUAUAAGUUAUGAUGUAUUAAUUCAAUAGAAAAGGAAAACCUGGAAAAUUGAACCACAUUUUCACUGGUAAAAAUUCUCUGGAAAUUAAUGAAAUUCUGUAUUUUUAUUACAAUAAUUACCCUUUGGGACAUUUCACUUGUGCAAGUCAAAAAAGAGUCUCCUUUCCUAUGAAAACAAUCAACAUCUGAAUCUUUGUAGAAUGUACAGCAAGCAAACCAUAACAUGCAGAAUGUUACAGGUUUACAAUAUUUACACAAUUUGAUAUUAAUUUCAUGUGAACAGUUUUGUAGUUGUCUCUUUUUGAAGAGUUCAUGCUAAUAUAAAUUUGAAUUGGC